AUGGCCAUGAAAACUACUCAAGAUAUCAAUAAAGACGACGAAGAGUUGUGCAAAGAAGCAGAAAAGUUCAUGCAAGUAUACUAUGAUGUUAUGGAUAGAAAACGAGAAAAAAUUGGAUUUAUGUACGCCACCAUCUCGCAAUCCAAUGCCGUUUGGAAUGGAAACCCUAUUAAUGGAUUCGACGAUAUUUGUCGCUUUAUGGCAGCUCUGCCAAGUACACAGCACAACAUUCAAUCACUGGACGCUCAACGACUUCCUGAAGGUGUUUCUGGAGAUAUGUCUGGUGGCAUGAUUCUGCACGUGGCGGGAUCAGUAACAGUCGACAGUGAUGCUCAGAGAGCAUUCACACAAACUCUCGUUCUCGGAGUGGAAGACGGGAAAUACAAGGUGAAGAGUGAUCGGUUCCGAUAUGUCGAUUGA